CUCGACUCUUUGGAUCCGCGAGUAGCCCAGUUAACCAUUACUCAGCCCAUCUAGUCAGAAGAUUCAUACGCGCAUUUGCUGCCGUGAUCGUGUACAACCGAUCAAUCUAGUCGCAGAAAUGGCGUCCGCAAUGGCCACUGCUGCCGCCCAUGUGAGCUGUGUGGUGACUGGAGUCGCCACUGCCCAAAAGUCCAGCUUCUUCGCUGGUUCUAGCUCCUUGUCAAUGUAUGGAUGCAGCAAUGGUAGCCGUGUGUGUAUGGCAGAGUGGCUGCCCGGCAACCCCCGCCCAUCUUACCUCGAUGGGUCGGCUCCAGGAGACUUCGGCUUUGACCCACUGGGUUUGGGAGAAGUGCCUGAGAAUCUGGAGCGAUUCAAGGAGUCUGAGCUCAUCCACGCUCGCUGGGCCAUGCUCGCCAUUCCUGGAGUGCUGAUUCCCGAAGCUCUUGGCUAUGGAAACUGGGUCUCCGCCCAAAAAUGGGCAGCCACCCCUGGUGGUCAGGCCACUUACCUUGGUAACCCAGUGCCAUGGGGCAACCUCCCCAUCAUUUUGGCUGUCGAGUUCAUCGCCAUCGCCUUUGUGGAAUCGCAGAGGAAUGGCGAGUCUGAUCCGGAGAAGAGGAAGUAUCCAGGUGGUCCUUUCGAUCCCUUGGGCUUUUCGAAGGGUGCUAACUUGGAGGAGCUCAAGUUGAAGGAGAUCAAGAACGGUCGUCUUGCACUUGUCGCAUUUUUGGGGUUCGUCGUUCAAGCCGUAGCCUACCCCGGCACCGGUCCCCUGGAGAACUUGAAGACCCACUUGGCUGAUCCGUGGCACAACACCAUUGCCCAUGUACUGAUCCCCCGAUCCGUACUGUAGAUCAUAGUCUCAUUGGGAUUUAGUUUCGCGAAUCCUGCGUCGUGGUUGAGAUGUAAUCCCUUCGCCUAGAUGUGGUGGCUGAUAUUUGCACGCCAUUGUGAGAUGAAGCUGCUCCAUUUGCAUUUAUCCCUUGUACACAAAUCAAUCAAUUGCUCCUUUCAAGCUAUGGAUCUUCCA